AUGGACCUCUCCCAAGGAACCACCAAGGAUGAUCCAAAGGUGACAAAGUUCACUCAAAUAACAUCCACAAAUCCAACACCUCCCGCCCAAACUCUUCCAAAGGCAAAGGAAAAGCCGCUUCUGCAAGCAGCAAUCGAACACAUUACACUGGAUCGCUUACACACCGUCCUCUACAAAGCCCUCAACGAAUCCCCAAAGGCCCGUUCGGUGUUUGAGAGGGAACUCCUAGCCCCACUGUCUCCAGACCCUGAAGAGGAACAAGAGGCAAUAGUAGCAAAGAAGAAGUCGGCAAGAAAAAGACCACGGUCCGAGAUGUGUAGAUGGUGCAAAGAGGAAUUCGACGUUACCGAUAACCCUGACGAUGCCUGCAACCAUCACAACGGGAAACUAGAGCUCAACGAGCGUGCCUGGCAGCACCACGAUGUAGCAGAAGAUGACCCAUUCGAUACGGACGAGAACCGAGAAAACUGGCCUGAUGGCUUCACAUGGGAUUGCUGCUGGGCAGAUGGCAAUGACGACGGCUGCGAGACCACUGCCCAUGAGAUUGAUGAGGAUUACGACCCGAAGAAACCCAAGCGGUACUGGGAGUUUUGA